UCUGUCGGGGCCAUGACAGCAAAGAAGGCGUUACCAAAACAAAUAUAUUAAAAAAAAUGGGUGUAACCCACGGUCAUGAGUGCAGCGCUCUCGGAUCAAGUACUCUUUUGGCGUUAGAAGAAAGUACAGGCAGUUCCUGGUGGACACAAUAACCAGCUUUAUUUGGACUAAUUUUUUUUUAGUUUUAGGACAUUUGGCUGUUGAAGAAACUAUCAGGAGUUUUUCUUUUCAAGAGUAUGUGAGGGGCCGGCACUGACAAGGACGUACAAGUGAAUUAAAAAAAGAAAAGCUGUGGAUCACUUCUCCUUACAAAUGGCACAAAGGACGUUUCAUGAAACUGGCCAAGAUGGCCGAUCAGUCCUGGGAAUGUUGGCGGUGCAGGUGGAGAGAGACCCCAAGACGGGCGCCACCGUUGUCAGGUCAGUGGCCCCCGUGUCCACGCCGACCAGCGGGCCACAGGCCACCACCAUCUUUGAUGACGGCAGGAAGAGCAUCCACACAUUCGGCGGAUCGCCAGGUCAACCUUCAAGCGAGGAACUCGGUCAGAUCUUGAGCGCAAUCGACGGGGUCGGCCUGAAAGUUCUGCUGGAUGAGGCCUCGGUCGUACCAAAGACGCCAGAGACGAAGACACACAGUGUAGAAGCCGGGAGAGCUCCAGAGGAAAUAAUCCUGACUUCCACCUCCCACUACGCCGUGUCAAAGGAUGACGGGCUCUUAGACGGGUUUAGAAGCAGCCCCUCGGAAGUUACCGUGGAGAAGUGCGCUGUAAGCGUGGGAAACACCGAUGAUAAAACCAUGCAGGCGGUUCCAGACGUAGCAGAAAACGUCGAUGAAAUAGACGCUGAAAGGUUGGAGGACGGUCCCGUCACGCUCAUGUUCCUGGGAUACGCCGACGCUUCGACCGACCAAGACGACCAAGACGGCAUGAUCACGGUGGAGCGAGUGAUAAUCACUGAGGACGGGGAAGAGCACGUCGUGGGACCUGAGACGCCUGCUUCGCUUCAGUCACCGUUGGGUCAGGUAGUGGAGCGAGAGGAUGGGAAAGACCCCGGAGCGUUUCAGGACAUUCCCCUAAAUGAAAGUGCAGUUAAAGCCCAGGGAGCGGAAGGUGAUAACGGGCAGCACAAUACAUCUUCACCCACUACAGAAAAGGAAAAAGGCAAGCGUAAGACCUGCCAGUGUUGCUCCGUCAUGUAAGAAAUGACUGAAGAAGGAGACUCUUUAAUUUCAUGUUCUAAAUUUGCAUCAUUUGUUUCAUACGGUGAUUUUCAUUAGAUGUUAGAACACCUGCUUCACUGCCGCCUUAGUGACUGGUUUGAGAGCACACCACAUGGCUGUUAGCUCCACCACUUGACCUCACUUUGGCAAAGACAGCGACAUUUAUUGAGCUGUGUGUCUUUUACAGCAACUGAGACUGCCGGUAGCUCUUAAAGGCUAUUAAACUCCACUUCUACCCCCUGGUGGACAAAGCUGAGAGCUUCAACAUGCCCCCGCCCAAGCAUUCAUCUCAUUCUCGUCUUUCUCUCGAUACUGUAUGUUUAGCAGUGUGUUAUCCUACAGGAACACAAUGAACCAAAUACCUAAAGAGGCUCAUUAUCCAGCUUUGGUGUGAUUCAUUGUGUCUACUUCAGUUUUUAUUUGGAAGAGUACACGAAAAUGAGUUAGAACUGUAACAGCUUUGGAUAAUUUUUUAAAUUCUUCCCAAUUUGGCUGUAGCUACCACUCAGGACAAUGAGGACUUUGUAUUGGACAAUUAAACACAAGUUUUACAUGG